AUGACUGUGACAGUACCUAGAUUGCUGUGCUUGCACGGUUUUUUGCAAAAUGCCAAGGUCUUUUCUGAGAAAUCCUCUGGUAUUAGGAAACUACUAAAGAAAUCCAAUGUCCAAUGUGAUUAUAUCGAUGGUCCUGUUAUUUUAGACCGUAAGGAUUUGCCCUUUGAGAUGGAUGAUGAGAAAUGGCAAGCUUGUCUUGACACCGAGGUGAACAAGGCAUGGUUUUACCAUAGUGAUAUGUCCUCGGAGUUGAACCUCGAUGACACUAUUAAGUACGUCGCCGACCACAUCCGUGAAAAUGGACCCUACGAUGGUAUUGUUGGGUUUUCUCAAGGUGCUGCUGUUGCAGCGAUUGUGACCAACAAGAUUACUGAGCUUGUGCCUAGCCAUCCGGAGUUCAAAGUCAGCUUGCUGAUUUCGAGUUACUCGUUCACCGAGCCAGAUCCAGCUCAUGAAGGUCAAUUGAGAGUCACCGAGAAGUUUCAAAACGCUUUUACCCCUAAGAGUGAUAGUAAGACCAAGAUGCUGUUCAUCUACGGUGCAGGCGACCAAGCAGUACCAGCUACAAGAGCUCAGUACCUAGCUAAUAUUUACAAGCAGGCGCUACAGGACCCAGAACAAGUUAAGGAGUUCGAACACCCAGGUGGCCAUAUGGUUCCUAACAAAAAGGACAUCAUUAGACCUGUGGUGGACCAGAUCAACGAAGCUUUAGCUGUAUAG